ACCUACAAGAACAACAUGUCUGUUUGAAAAUAAUUCUUGUCUCUCCAACGGGUACUGGCCGGCAAUUAAUUGGGCAAUCUUAGUAAAUAUUUACGUCAUAAUUUGAUAACGCGCGACACCAAGGAGGUCACAGAUACGUAUGUGGGCCAUCAGUCAACUAUUAUACUGCUACGCUUAGCACAAUUCAACAUGCGAAAACGGACAUAGUGGUGGUAGGAGUAACAGUACAAAUAAACUGCAAUAUGGCAGCUCUGACAUCAGCCAAGAGUGCCCUGAGAAAAGAAAUCAAGGGCAUUCUGAGAAACAUUAGCCUGGAAGAAAGGAAGCAGCAGUCUGCACAGGUAUUUGAGAAGCUUCGCCUAUUGAAGCAAUAUCAAGACAGCAAGAGAAUUUCGCUAUAUCUGAGUACUAAAGAUGAAAUCGACACCCUGCCCAUCUUGAAACACACAUUUGACACGGGGAAAGAGGUUUUUGUACCGCAAUAUCGUGGAAAGACUAUGGAAAUGGUAAAACUGAGGUCGAUGGAGGAUUACGAGACACUUCCGCUAACGAAGUGGAACAUUAAACAACCAAGCACCGCAGAAUGUCGUGAAAAUGCAUUAGAAAAAGAUGGACUAGAUUUGAUAAUUCUACCGGGUGUUGCUUUCACAAUAAACGGGAAACGCCUGGGACAUGGAAUGGGUUACUACGACAAGUACUUGAAGAGGUGUUUUCAGAAACAAAGCGUAAAGCCGUAUCUAGUUGCGGUUGGUUUUAAAGAGCAAAUACAAGAAGACGUUCCUGUUAACGAGGACGACGUGCCUGUAGACAUCGUAUUCACUGGGCAAUAAAUAAUUUUAUGAAAAAAAAAAAAA